CUUCAUCGAAGUCGGUUGGAAGCUUGAUUGCUCGGAUCGCAUCGGGAUAAUCGAGGGAUUCAACAUCUACUAUUGUCCCAUAAUGUCACCGUUGAAUGUCAACUGCAACGGUUCCAUGCUUAAUAGCACCAUCAAGGCAGAUGCGCGUACGAUACAUGGCACUAUUGACAAUCUGAAGCCCUACACCACGUACAUGCUGAAUGUCGCGGUGCUGACGAAGAGCGGCGAGGGUUUGCGUAGUGAUCCUCUGUAUAAUACCACUCUCGAAGCGGCGCCCAGCACUCCACCGUUAAACGUGAGAGUCACUGACAAAUCCAAUACGACACUGCAUAUCUCAUGGAAAAAUCCGCAGGCGAUGAAUGGCGUGCUCAGAUACUAUGAGAUCGAGUACAACGGUCAAGUCAUGAAAGUGGAGGAAAUAACUCAUAUCAAACUGAUGGGUUUGAAACCGUAUACGAAGUAUUCUAUUAGAAUCUCCGCAUGUACCGUAAAGUGCAGUGAAAAGUCAGAGACAGUAAAUGAGUUCACGAGAAUUGGUGUACCCGGCAAAAUCAAUAUGCCUUUAGUGCGCUUCGUGAACUCCAGCCAAGUGAUCGUCCAGUGGGAGCCACCGCAAGAACCGGCCGGUCCAGUAGAGGCCAUGUAUUACGAAAUGGAGUACGGAAAUGGCAUAGUUCAAAACGUCUCUAGAACAGAAGUGCAAUUGCCCAUUCCCGAUUGCAAGAACGUCGAGCACCGAGAGCAGAAGCACAAGUUCCGGGUCAGAGCUGUCAAUACCAAUCAUAACGGCCAGAUUUUGAAAGGAUUCUGGUCCGACUUUGGGGAGGGGAAUUGUUAUAAUAACGGACUGUCGAACGUCGCAUUGGUUAUCAUAUGGAUGGUUGGCGUCUUUAGUAUCACAGCAUGCAUCGCGUGCCUCGUGUACAUGUUCAAGAGAAUGUGGAUAAAAUGUCGAGCUAUGCGAGAUGUCGAAGUGAAACUACCGCCCGGACUUGCUCCAGAUAUGAAGCUGCUUGAGAAGAACAAUGAACUACACAUACGGCAGCCGUCCGCCGAUUCGAGUGGCUGUUCGAGCGGUCAAGAAUCCGUUACCUCUUCGCUUACGGCGGAAUCUCAAGUUUGCAGUGACAGCGGCACCGAGGUCGAUGCGGUGCGUACACCAUCUGACAAAGUGAAGAGCCAGCCUGUCCGCGAAAUGACCCAUCUGCGACAGAGAAGCACCACACGAAUACCGGCUUCAUUAUUAUCGGAGGUCACGCCCUGGGAGUAUGUCAAAGUUGGCAAUUCCGGUGAGGCGACUUCCGAGGAGACUGUAUCAUUAGCGCGGUCCACGCCUAAUUUGACGAACAGCGCAAUGUUGAAGAGCUACUCGCCAUCGCAACACGCCUGGUCCAGCACAAACUACAUCAGCAUGCCGUCCUCUUCUGAGGCGCUAUUGAGCAACCCGAGCCUCAUUCCGCGAAAGAACACCGCUGGCGGCAACAGUGGCGACGGCGACAGCAGCAAGGAGUUUCUUCGAAACUGUGCG